AUAGACUCUGCGGACGUUGCUUUGGCUAUAUGUUGACUCCUAUCCGCUCUUAUUUCUUCCCUCACUUAUAUAUUGGAGCUUAUCUAUCAAUCGGGCCAGCCAUCACUUCAACUCAAAGUCCUCACCACUCAGAUCCACUUUUCCAUUUCGCUUAUCAAUAUGCGCGUCGCUGUUGCUGGAUCCGGUGAUGUCGCAAGGUAUUUCAGCGAAGAGUUCACCAAAGCUGGUCUCCACGUGGUGAUCCUCACCCGGUCCGUCAAAUCACAAUUUGAAAAUCGUCCCGGUAUCACGCAGUUCGUCACCGACUAUUCUGUUCCCUCUUUAGUUCGGGGUCUGGACGAUUGCGUGGCUCUUGUUUCAACCAUCCUCGACUACACAUCAACUUUCGCUGAUGUGCAUAUGCACCUCAUUGAGGCAUGCAAGCAAAGCUCUCUAUGCAAGCGCUUCAUCCCUGCUGAAUAUGGCGGCAACCUUGAAGACUAUCCGGACCAGCCGGGCUUCUAUUAUCGGAACCACGAGUCAGUGCGGAACGCCCUGCGUGAGCAAAAUGACCUCGAAUGGACUCUGAUUUCCGUUGGCUGGCUUAUCGACUACAUAGUGCCUCAGCACUAUCGAUACCUCAAAGAUGUCGGCGAGGCAUUUCCAGUGAACCUAGAGGCAAAUAAUAUGGUCAUCCCUGGGACGGGUAAUGAGCCUCUGGAUAUACUUGCCGCACGGGACAUGGCCAAGGCAGUAGCGAAGCUGCUGAAGGCUCCGAAGUGGGAGGAGUUCACCUACAUUUCUGGGGAGAAGACGACCUGGAACGACGUUGCUGCUUUGAUGAUCAAGAAGUAUCCCAGUAUGCCUGUGUCAUACCGAAGUCUUGGCGAAUUAAUUGAGGACGUUCGUACAAGUACCGAUGAUAUGUCGCGGAUUGUAGCCGAGUAUCGAAUUUUCUCCGCGAGCCAUGCUGGCUCACUGGACCCUACAAAGGUUGCAGCGCAUAGGAAGGCCUUCUUUGAGGGCAUUUCAUUCCGGUCCGUCGGGGACUUCCUCCAAAGCGUGGAGGAUAACCCUGACUUGAUAGCUUGAUAGUUUUGCUAUCUAAUAUACUGAGAUGAGCGCAAACUUGGGCCAUCCGUUCAGUUCGGCACGUCUGUAAUCUUUGCGGCUGUUAUAGCUAUGAAUUUACGACAUCUCCUCAAUCCUCGCUAUACUGACUUGUGCGAUUUCCUCGCUACUAGUAAGUGCACGAACGUUGUUUAGGUAGAAGCGAAUAGAUUUGCCAAUUACUGCC